AUGUAUUCUGAGGAGUUAACUAAUAAACAAGAUACUAGUGCAAUCACAAUUAAUGAAACUUUUGAAAGUAUCGAGACAUCUAGUAAAUCACCAGGAUUGGAAGAUAUUUCAGAUAUUUGUAAAAAGAAUAUUAUAUAUGUUGAAUUAAUAAUAGGAUUUGUAACUAUAUUUAAAGCAGCAAUAGGAACAGGCAUUCUAUUUUCUCCAAAGGCAUUUGCAAAUUCAGGAUAUGUUUCUGGUACUUUUUUAAUAAUAUUUUAUUGGUUUAUAAAUGUAAUAUCAAUAUUUACUUUAUUAAAAUGUACUAAUAAUAUGAAUUAUUCUUAUUCAGAAAUUGCAACAUUAGCAAUGGGAAUACCUGGUCGUAUAAUGGCUGAUUUAGCCAUUACAACUACAGAGAUUUCUUUUACUAUAGUUUAUAUUUCAUUUAUAACAGAUAAUAUACAAGAUAUAAUAGCAGGAAUUUAUAAUUGUUCAAACAAUUAUAUGAAUUAUAAACCAGCAUUAAUAACAUUUAUUCAACUAGUACUUUAUAUCCCUUUAUUAUGUAUAGAUAGAGUUCAAUCAUUAGGUUUAAUAAUGAUUUUGGCUAAUAUAUGUCUUAUAAUUGGGAUUUUAUCAAUAAUAAUAUAUUCAUCAAUAGAAUUGUCAAAUAACAUUUUAAAUGGGAAAUCUCACUUAAUACCAUUAUAUACAAACCCCAAUAAUGCAGCUGGAUUUAUCGGCAUAGCUGCAUUUUUAUGGGUAUGUGCACCUGUUGUAUUAUCUUAUUACAAUUCAUUGGAAACAUUAAAGUCAAAAUUAUUGUUUAAAUGGGUAUACUUAUUUUCAAUAUUUUUAGUAUUGAUUUUUACUCUAAUAUUUACAUUUAUUUCUACUUUUGCAUAUGGAACUAAUGUAUUUUCUCCAAUAAUAUUGAAUUUGCCAUUUACUGUACCAGCUAUUAUUGUAAAAUUACUUUAUAUAUUAUCUGUUGUAUUUUCAUUACCAUUACUACUAUUUCCAGUUAAAGAGAUUGUAAAAAAUUAUAUAAUUUAUAUUUUAAGAUAUUUUAAUAAUAAAAUCUUAAAACUUUCAAAUAAUCAUAAUAUAGAAAUAAGUAAUAAUAAUAAUGAUAAUAACAAUGAUAAUAAUAAUAAUAAACAUAGUAUAAAUGAUUAUGAAUUAAGCUACAAACAGGUAUCUAGUAGUAUUAGUACUAUUGAUUUUGAUAAAGAUGAAAAUAGAUUAACAUUAACUAAUUCAAAUAGAAAUAAUCUAACUAUUUUGGAUAGGUUGAAAAAAGUGUUAUUACAUUGCUCCAUUAAAAUGAAUAAAUCUACUAAUAAUAAAGUAAAAAGUAUGGAAGAUAAUAAUAAAAGAAUUGUUCAUAUCUAUUCUUCAUUAAUAAUGAUAUUAGUUUCUAUAUUUUGUACUACCAUGGGAUAUUCAUUUCGUAAUUCAUUAACAAAUUUGGUUAAUAUAGUUGGUGGUGUAUUUUGUGUCCCUCUGAAUACUAUUCUUCCAUCUCUAUUUUAUUUAUUUAUAUUUAAAAACAAAUUGAAUUUAGGGGUUGUUGUAUUUCAUUCUUUAAUAAUUUUAAUUGGAAUUUUGACAUCUAUCCAUGUGAUUUGGUAUUCUAUUAUAAAUUGGAAUGUAACUAGUGAAAAUAUGUGCAGCUUGAUUAACUCAAACAAAACAAUAUAUUUUUAA